GGGAGCUGGAGCUCAGGCCUUUCUCAUUCGUUCUCAUCAGUUCUCCUCGAGCGUUCGGUGUUUUCGGGUUUGUUGCAGCAAUCUCGGCGUCAUGUGUUUGGCGUUGGCAAAGUAAAAUUUUCCAUCGUAGGCACGCGCGGAUAUUUGAUUAGAGUGCGUGUGAGGGUGUGUAUAAGAGUGGACUAUAAGAGUGGAAGAAUUUCUCACUUACUUUUCCUCGAACAUGCUCCGGCGAAGUUUGUUUUUGUGCAGAAUACCUAUACUCUGUCGGAAUUUGUUGGUACACGUGAAUAGUAAUUUAUAAGCUGGCCGCAUUCUAUUGCUUCUAAAUUAUUUGUGUAUAAUCAUUUGAGUGCGUGUUGGUGAAAGAUGAAAAAAGUGAGAAUUAAGUAAAAAAUUGAAUCAUGUAAAAAUACAUACGCUUACUAUUAUAAUAGACACAUUUUAGCUAACGUGCAAUUCGUCGGAAAAGAAUGAUGGUAGUAGAUGCAUUUUACUGGAAAUUGUUUUAGCGCCAAAAAGGCUAUGCUGAAUGUUCAAGAAGUUAGAACUGUAUCGUUUGGUUUGUAAUUCACGUUCAUUUGAUUCCCCAUAGAAGAGUAGUACACUUCUACCAUUAUAAGGCAUCUGAGUAGAGUUUGUUUGCUUCGGAAUUGUAGCGUUCUGCAUGUACGUGGCAGUGAGUAUCAACUAGAUAUCAGCGGGUAAAAAAAUGCGGUAAAACCAACAAGACAAGUUUAUGUAAACAUUCAAUUUUUCACUCUUCUCAUCUUUCUUCACAAUCCUAGUCUUGACUUUAAACGAUGGUUUAUGAGGCUUAUGAAAUAUGAGCCUUCUCCUUAAGUAUCCGGCCGUCCAACAGUCGUUGAAAUCGAUUAUUUAGGAGUGAAAAAAUAAUUAAUUUUGGCCCAACACGAUCGUUUGUGUUUCUUCCGGUCGCAGAAGGAAGUCGUCGUUCAAGGUUAAUCGACCCGUUUCCCAAUACAAAUGGAAAAUCCGGCAUUUGAGCCCUUUGGAUGUCACAUUUGGCAUCAUGCGACAGAUACGCGACAGGCGUAUGGAGAAAAGUAACAUAAAUAAUCAACAAAUUGGAAGCUGGAUAGUGCUCAGGAGCGAUAGCUUUGGAAUGUGUUUUAGUUUUGGUGUGGUUACCUUACGACUCAUUGUGUUGAAUCCAUUCAUUCCAGUCAUUGUGUUUCACCUUGGCCAUUGGCGAUAGUGAGGAUAAAGAAAUGAUUGUGUUUGUAAAUGUGUGUUUGAUAAAGCGAUUGACAAUGAUUUCGCUCUUCAUUAACCACUGGAACUAAUUUUUAAUUCGCUUCACGUGUAGUGUUUUGUAAAAAAGCAGCACCAAAACUAAAAUUACUUUCAGAGAACGAACCUUCGUUCCAUAAAUGUCGUGGGGCGGCCUCACCUUGCCACCUGUGCGAUAGUUAUUCUAACAAUGCUAAUAUUGGGUUGCGUCGCAUGACGCCAAAUUGUAGUGGGACCUGUUGAAAGUGAGUUUUGAUUUUGGAUACGAGACACACUGUCGAAGAGGAUAGUACAUACCCCAUUGGUCCAGGUGUUAAUAAUAAAUACGAUGUGCGUACGCGAGCAGUUUACUGUAUUUGUGGCACACAUAAAUCGUCUUCUUGCUAGGCAUAUUUUAGGGAGUUUUGAGGGUUUUUCACGAUGCUUUUUCGGAAGUUUAACAAAGACAGAAUCGUAAUGUAUGUCUAUGCUAUGUUUGGAUUAAUGUGUGUAAAAUGAUUCGAAAGACGCGCAUUACUUGGUAUAAAAUAGCUGCUUCUAAUGGUUGCCAAAAUUUGAACAAUCCUCGACAUCAAGGAAACAAAUAUAUUAUAUUUGAAUAUUUGAGAACACAAAAACAAUGCACAGAUACUUUUGUCGCAUGUUGCACAACGGUUCGCUGACUACUAAAGCAAAUGAAAUUUCUACUGGAAUAUGGCUUCAAUGUAAAUCUUCUGCACGCGUCUGAUUUAUUCGCAUUCGCGCGAUAGCCUACAUUCGCAUCCGGUGGAGUGCAGUUAAUUGAUCAUUCAAAUGGAGGAUGCUUGAUGUUAGGUUAAUUCGUCGCGUUUGGAGUCAUUCCAUUCAAAGGUCUGACCGAAUUGCUUUGAAUGUCCGAGAAAAGGCGACUGUAUGCAUUGUUUCGGAUAGUAGUUUUUUUAGUAUGUUGUAAGUACAAAACAAUUUAGAAUAUUUGAAAUCCGAAACAGUUUUCGGUUAUAAUUUUGCUGCUUGUUUUGACAAUUGGUAGCCUGUGUGACUUGGAGCUCCUCAACGUUGCUCUCAAGGCGCAUUUCAGUGUAGUGUUGUUGCUCCGAAACGUUGCAUGGCGUAUUGAAGUCGUCGCCCCAUGAACAUAUUGGUGUUUGUACUGAGGUGCGUUGUGUUCGCGGUGCUUAUCGUACCGGAAUAAUCAUGAUCGUGAUCAAUGCAAUUGAUCUCACUGUUGUGUCGACGUGGGAUGUGCUGCGUCAGCUGUUCCUCUAUAGGAGGGGCUUUUUAAUUCCCUUUCCUACUAUUAUCACAGUAGGAAUCUCUCAUAAACCACUAUAGUCUGGGAAACAAGAAGUGAAUAGGGAUGUAUAUGCCGCUAAACAGGUUAUUAAAAACACGUGCUUUGAAUUACAAGUUUAGGACGCGAUAUCUUGCGCGCACCAGUCACACUGCCACUGGUAAGCGACAAAAAAUCGUGACGUUCGUUUAGCAGUUUCUAGUCAAAUGCAUCUCAUCCAGACCGUUCCAUGGAUAAGAGUUCAACGGCGGAGGUUGUAAAAUUUGUAAAGACAGUGAGCGCAAACAAACAGCCGAUUACAGCAGACAGUGGCGGUGCAUCAUUGUAUGUUUAAUACGAGCCGGAAAGAAUCUUCGGACAAGAUGGAGGUGUGCUGCUUAAAAAUGUCUUGCAGAUGCAGGUAAAUAUGUACCGCUGGGUAACAAAACUGAGAAUCGUGAAGUGUGUUUUUGUGGUGGGUUGCGGAGAGGCAAGUACUUGUGAAAUAUACAAGGUGCCGGCGAAUGUUAUACAGUGAAAUAUCGAAAACAGGUAAAACACACUCUGCCAAUGUCUUGUCGCAGAGUAAUAUUUUGUACAGUACCGGCUGAAUAAAUAAAAGGAAACAACACAGUAACAAUUACUACUCCGGAUGAUUGUAAAUGAUGCAGAACAAAACUCGACAUUAGCUGAAUGAAACAGUGUGAAUACAGCUAGGGAUACUUUUUGGAUGUAAGAAGUGUGUAAUGGUUUUUUGGGGGGCUUUAAAUUUCAUGUACAUAAACGAUGACAAUUGUGCGUGGACUGUGAACAUUCCACUAAAAAUGUUUCCGGUCUGUUGGUUCUGUUCAGAUAGAAUUCAUCAGUAAAGCAAUAAAUCUGUCACAAUAAUCUGUAAAUCCAUCUUUCAUCUGUAACCCAAAAAUCAUCUGUAAAUCGUCGCAAUAUUAAAUUUAUCUCAACAGAUAGCUCUAGAAAAGUGAACUUUUGCAAAGAGUGUGCCAUAUUGUUGUAUUAAUUUUAUUUGCAUUUGAACAAUUUUUGCUACUUCAUUUUCUUUAAUGAACUCUAUUGAAUGUGCUACCAAUUAAUAUGUGCAGCGUAACACAAUGCUCUAGAUUCGUGACGAUGCAACCCGUAAAUUCGUUACAAUCGCGACAUGAGGCACAUAGUUGUACCCGUUGGAUGCAUUUAUUCACUCCACAAAAAGAUGUUAUUCGUGUUAUGAUCUCUAUCACGAUUCACGCUAAACGAUGUGAACCACACGAAGACAUACCGAUAGGGGAUGAUCUUCACAAUCGGUCACAAAUGCGUGCCUCAUGCGCUCUCUUUGCAACAUCAUUUGAUCGUGGCUAAGAUGAUCAAUUUAUCACAUCACAAUUAGUUCGGUUGGCACUCAUUGGGGCGCUGGGUUGCUCAAGCCUUUCGUCGCCCAAGAGGGUAGACGAGGGGAGUCGGACGACACGGGAAGCUGCAUUUCGGACAAUAGGUCAUCCAAUGAACGGAGUAGUAGAAUUGCGUGGUGGGAAAAUAGUCGAUGAAACUGGUGCUAUUAUUAUUUGUCGUCAUUGUUAACUAAUCGAUGCAACAAGUCGGUUAUACGAUGCUUUGAAACUGGCAUGGAAAUUGCUGUAUGGGGGAAGAUUUUUCAUUUCGGUUUGUUAUGCAGAAAAUAAUAGUUCCGAGUGUUGAAAACAUCUGCCUUGACUUGACAGUGCUGGGUGGUUGUCUGAUCUGACCCUUGAUAAAGAAACAGCAUCAGAAUGGUAUAGAAAUGCUGUUUGCAGUCAUUGAUUAUCAAGUAGCAAUACUUAAACAUGAAAAAAUGUAAUCCUAUAGUAAUUACUAUUACUAUUAAUUGGUUAGCUUUCUGUUGUUGUGACAUGUCGACAAAUCAAGGAACUGGUGAGAAAUAACAGAAUGAAUUGGGAUUGGCUUGUUAAUUUGCUAAUUUUGUAGGCCAACCCGGCAAAAUAGUUUGGCUCGAAAUUGAUUCUAAAACAUUCCUAAGAUGAUAAUUAAAGAUUCAGGAUUUCAUUUUCCGUCAUAAGCAAUACAAGUUUUUUUCUUUUUUACCUUCAAUUAAGCUCGACAAAAAAUAAAAUUGUCCAUAGAUAUGAAUCAAUAUAAACAUGUUCUUCAUAACUAAAUGAAUUGAGUGUUUAUGAUUUAUUUUUUGUACACAGCAGUAAGUGUGUUUGUUUAUAAAACGUUUGUAAUACCUAUAUAUUUUAAACGCUCUCGAUGCACCUAACUACUGAACCUAGGAUAUAAUUAGAUGUUCCUUUCUUCCGUAAUGUUUAUGUGUGCACCGUUUUCUUGCUCUAUCUCGACGAAGAUGACAAUGAGAAAAUCACUGAACCAUAAGAAUGGAAGAAUGAAUUUUCACGACUCCACUCCGAAAUGCCAUGGCGAACAUGGCGAACUUUCAGUGUAGUAAGCGACCUUGACAUUUGUGAACUAACAACUAAUGAAUGGUAAACAGUAAUGAAUGAAAAAGGGAGAAACCUAGAAAACGUCUCUAAUAGACGAAUGUAAACGUAAUUCAGCAUAGAUAUAGUGUUGGUAUAAUUCCAAAUUGGAUUGGAUUAGAUUUGGAUUCAAAUUCAUCACCUUGCACGAUAUCACACAGAAUGACAGGGAAAUGGAGAGCUUUUAGAUUACGAUAUAUGUGCAACUUGGCGGUAAUAAGGUUUAAAGGUGGAAAGAACCGCAACUAAAAUAGCUUCACCUUACCGUUAGUAGCUGCAGUAGUUUAUGUGAAAAGUUUUUUGUUAAGCUUAAUGUUAAUUUGUGGCGUUUUUGCAUGUAUUGACAACUCAUACUUCGCAAACGAACUUUUGUGUUUGAAAGCGCUAUCUUAUCUAAGGACCAUUUACCGAUUAUUUUUACUGUUUGUUGCACGGCAAAGUACCUAUUUUUGCUUUAUCAGUAAGAUAAGAAAUUGUAGACAGGAAUGAUGAUUUAGGAACGGUUUACAAUUCGUUAGGAGACUAAAAAGUAUACCUUUCAUUUUCUACGAUGGCAAAGGAAACGUUACAUCUCUCCUACACGUUCAUAUGCUCUUGACGUUUUGGUGUGUGUUCUCCAGAUAUUUUUCACCUGAUUAAAAGUAUCUUUCGAAUCGAAUAUCAUAGUGGAAAGGUGUAAAAUUAAGCGGUCCAAGCUCGCGUCUGAAUAGUAUAUAAAUGAAAAAAAAAACCCAUAGGAGGAUGUAAGUGAUGGUGACGUAUCAGCUUCCCACCUUAUAUCAGCUUCUAUUUUUUGUGUAUUUCUUAAUUGGUGCGCGUUUGAAAAACGCAUCAAAUCGCCAAGAUACGAAGGGAACCGUUCGGAGCAACUCUACAUGAUGUCGCUGUAUGCCUCUGGCAGUAGUUCGGUUAGUUUAGGCCCGUUUCAGCAAAGGGUGUUCGACAGCUACGGCAAACGUGCAAUCGAUUAACAUGUGCAUAUGAUUUGCACUGGACAUUUCCUAAAGUAAACAAGCCAUCAACAUUUCGCACCAUGUUGGAUCGGGUGGCGGUAUCGUACGUAACCGGUGUGAAAGCGAUACGAUACUCGCUGGUCGUGUUUCGCAAAAGGGCAUCGUCCACCGGACGAAGAGGGGCCGUUUGUGGACUGACAAUUGCGAAUGAAUAUUUAACCUCAAUUUAUGAUGUAUUAAUUAUGGCGCUGUUACAAUUAUGAGAUUAAUUAUCGCCAGCAAAGGGGGUGGUCCUGAGCUCGUUGCAUCUUGAACGAUAGCGGCAUCUGACCGAGGAACAGUAGAAAAACAGUUCUUAUGUUUUACGUUUUUAUCUCUUUCUUUUAAAACGGUCUGGUUGAUGAUCAGUUAGUGCGAUACAACACGUUUCGUACGUUGCGGGUUGGAAUGUAACGAUUGAUUAAUAUUAACGAACGGGUUCCCGCAUACCCCGCGAGAGUACAGCCAAACAGAGGUUUGUCCUUGUCGAUGGCAAUAUGACCAUCCGUUUGGGUAGGAGCGGUAACAUUUUUGCGUCACCGGGUUCGAAAUUGAAUGGUCAGAUGUUAAGUCUGAAUAGGCCGGUUGGCAAAAUGCUGACAUUUUGUGGUCGUGGUCAUUACGGUCGGUGUAUGGAUCAUUGCAUAGCAUAAGUACGAAGAACAAAGGAAGGAAGUAACCGGAGGGCGUGCCAAUGUACAACGAUGAGCGCAUUUGUUUGUUAAUUACGGCCAACGCGUCUCAUAAAGGAUAUAACGCAGCUUUCCUCAGCUGGAUCUUCACACGAUUGCGGUGCUUUGUCGCGAGUCGUGAUGGUCAGAAAAACAGAUCAGCGUGUCAUCAAUCACAAGGGCAGCCAGAAGGAUCCACAGUGCGAAUUAAUUACGAUGGAAACGAUACAAACGUAUAAGGGCCACAAACCCGACCGGACGGUAGUGUUUAGGGAGAAGUUUGAUCUCAGCGGCAAUGACAUUUCACGCUCACUUUCGACUGGCAAACUCUCCAUCGGUUCACCACGGCUCUCGAUUUCUCCACUUCGAACAAUCCUUACGACGAGUGCCGAGUUGGAAAAUAAUCGCAAGGAAAGCGAUCGGAACAAUAACACACCACCGGGCAGUAAAGCAUCAUUUAGUAACCCAAAAAGGCUCACUCACUCGACUGCAGUUAGAACGGAGCGUCCAAAGUCGCUGGAUCGAGGCAAUAAUAAUGCAAGUCCACUGCUUCGGUACUCCAAAAGUCCUUCAAAGAGUCCCUCGAUCGGAAGCUUACGGCCGGGCUACAGCGGUUCGCAAUCGUCAUUGCGUGGUAACACUCCAUCGUUGUACACUGAGUUUGAACGCCUGUGUCUUAAGGCACACAAUGAGUACCGGACACGGCAUGGUGUACUGCCGUUGAAGCUAAGCAAACGACUGUGUCGGUAUGCGGAAGAGUGGGCCAAGGUAAUAGCAGCUCGAGGUGUGCUGGUGCAUCGAAGCAAUUCUGCAUAUGGGGAGAACAUAUUUUGCUCGUGGUGCUCCUCUAAUACGGUUGGCUCGAGUAUGCCCGUGAGUGGACGGGAACCAGUCGAAAACUGGUACAGUGAGAUUGACCUGCAUGUGUUUGGGAAGGAACCGGCUACACUAAAGACAGGUCAUUUCACACAGAUCGUGUGGAAGGAUAGCCGCGAGCUUGGUGUUGGAGUAGCACGCAAUCGCUCUGGACAAGUGUUUGUGGUAGCUAAUUACGAUCCACCGGGAAAUUAUAUUGGCAGUUUUGCAAAAAAUGUCCCACCAGUAGGAGGAUUUAAACUACCGAAGAUUAUCGUCGACAAACCGUUAGUUCUUAAGCAACCGCCUGUGAAAGAUUUAACAGGAAAGACGACAAUAUCGUCCAUACGACGACCAGGUUCCGAAAAACUGGAAAAACAUGUACGCAUUGUGGAUGAAAAUGACUCGGAGCAGUUUGAUGAAUUUGGUUUGGCAAUGCUGAAGCAUCACAACGAAUACCGGAGACGCCAUGGUGCAGUAGAUCUGAUUCUGCACAAGGAGCUAGUCCGAGAUGCACAACAAUGGGCAGAAAUUUUGGCUCGAGAUGAUCGUUUCACCUACCGGCAGAACUCCAAAUACGGCGAGAAUCUCUACUGUCUCUGGUCUUCGGAUAGGAAUGCUCGUCCAAAUGCUCGGGACGUCUGUCGAUCGUGGUACGAGGAGGUGAAACAAUACGUCUUCACAGUAGAACCGCGAGCCUUCAUUAAGGGUGGUCAGUUCACUCAGAUGGUGUGGAAGGGAACGAAAGAGCUAGGCGUUGGUAUGGGUCAAACGCGCGGUGGUAAAGUGAUUGUGGUCUGUACGUACUAUCCGCGAGGGAACAUUCUAGGACAGUUUUUGGUUAACGUUAGUCGGGCACGUUAGAACGAAUGGAAAAUGGUUUUAUUGCGUGAAGCAGUACCUUUCACCAAGCGAUAAUCAAGAGACAAGCCUUAAUCCAGAUAGGGAACACACAAAACACACACUUUCAAGAUUUAAUUGCCAUUGCUGUUAAUCGUUUUUUAGCAUCGUGUUAUUUUAUAUUGCUAAUAAGUGUCUGUAAAUCACCUUUUUAUAUAAGUACAUAGAUAAGCUUCUACUCAAACUUACAUACGGAUAUGCCUGCAAAACGCACUAAAUUUUAAGAAAAAAUUAGAAGAAAAAUGCUCGAUUGGGGAGAUACCAAUUUUAUAUAGCAUACUAGCUUACCCGGCAAACCUAGCUUUGCCCUUAAACAUGCGUUUUGUAAUUAAAGCAAACAUUUUUAGUGUUCAAUCUUGAUUCGUGUGGUACCUAUUAUUAGAAAGGCGAUUAGAGAAUAUCGUUGAUUAUUUAAAAAUACUUGAAUUAUAACCAUUCUUAAUCCAAAUGAUAUUCCCAAUCAAAGCAAUUUUUCUUCUUUUUUCGUGACUUUUCUUCUUCUUUUAUGCUACUUCAGAAGGCAUUUCAGGCUUUCUUUGACGAUUGGGAUGUAAUACCAUGUCCUUCCGUGUAAGGCGCCGAUUCCACAUGUACCACCGAGCCGCAAAUCCCUAAACAGCAUUUUUUAAUUAUUCACACACUUGCUUUUUAUUUACUUAUCACUCAUUUUACGUUUUAUUAAAUAAAAUUGCACAAACAAAUCGUCACGUGUA